AUGGCUGAGCCGCGGCAAGUUACGGCCAAGGCGAGAGCGGACCGGACGUACGACACUCCGUUCACUCGGGAAACUGAGCCAUGGGGAGCCAGGACAUUGGUCUCCGUACAGCCGCACCACCCAGACAUCCCGGCAGUAGAUCAUCGCUCAGACGUAAAAUUUAGGCGAAAACAAACAUUGUCGGUCGUGUCGUACAACGUUCUCGCGGACUCCAACAGCGUUCGGGUUAGGAACUGCGCCCCGGCCGUGACCAGUUGGGGUCGCAGGCGAGAGGUUCUGCUCAAGGAAAUCUUCAGCGUUCGGGCGGAUGUGCUAUGCCUCCAAGACGUUGACUGCUUCCACCAAUGGUGGAGUCCACAGUUGACGAGUGCCGGGUACGACAGCCUGUUCAAGCAAAGGACCAGUCGAGCGGCGAUGCACCGGGAAGGUGUCGUAAUUGCGUGGAAGCGCGAUGUGUUUGAUCUCUUUCGGAGCGGGGAGAUGGAGCUCAACAGACUGGGAGAACACGAAGAGGACCGCUCGCUGGCGGGAAAAGCUGCAACGAGUGAUAACGUCGCGCUCAUGACGCUUCUCCGGCCGUGGCAAGACUCCGACCAUCCUUCUGGAGCUUGCAUCGUGUGCACUCAACUCAGCGAGGAGGAGGGGUAUAUUGGCGACGCAAUUCGCGGGCUCCAGGCGCACGGUCUUACGCGCUCCGUCGAAGCCUUCAACUCCGACUUUUCUCUCCCGAUCGUCAUGUGUGGAACAAUGAACUGUGCACCCAGCAGUGGCACGUACGAGAUCCUGUGUCGAGGAAUAGAAGCCCAAGAUCCCGCCCGGCCAGGACCCCCGGGGAAGCCCCUCGUCGAGCCAAUUUCUACGAGCGCCGCAAGGGUCCGAUGGCCCGCACCGUCAGAUGACAGCGAGUCACUCAGCCCUGCCAUCGACACGUACAGGCUGCUGUGGGUCCCCGGGGGCAGCAGGUUCCUGCCAGGGGAGAGCGUGGAUGCGCACGAGGCCGGGUGCGUGGUGUACGACCUCGUCAAGACGGAAAGUGGCCGUGUGAGGUCGGAGCAGAACCCUCUCAGGGCGUUCGUCGUCUCCGGCUUAAGCUCAGGCGUGGCGUACGAGUUCAGGGUAUCCGCCAUCAAUAGUCUUGGUCAGGGGCCCUGGAGCGAACGAUCGGAACCUGUCCGCAUGCCACAGAUGGCUGGAAACGACCCGGUGGAUAAGGUGCUUCUUGGGGCCGCCUCGAUCAAGCUGCUCCGGAAACGAGAGCUCGAAGACGCCCGCCGUAGGGCUGAGGAGAGGCUGGCCGACCCCCGCGCAUACGAGCUGCGGAAGCUGGUCAAGGUCGAAGGGUUGCUAGACUUAGGCAUGGAGAAAAUUCACCCUUUCGGCUCGGUCUCAGGGGUGACGCCGCGGUACACCGAUGCCGCGCUCCACCCAGACUUGGCCAACGUUCGCACCGACACCGGCUUCCCGGUAAUCAAGGCCAUCGAGGAGAGGCGAUUGUCAUCGGGCGCUACUGGCACUACCACGAGGCGGCGAAGACAGCGCAAGGCGAAAAAAACACCAAGAACGGGUAGCCACCAAACACGUUCCGACGACGAGCAAGUCACGAGCAGCUCCACGAAGGGACUACUGGAUGACGACUUGAGUAGUCUAGAAGAUGCCAGUGCAUCCACAACGGGGGGCUUUAGGAAUGGGAGUGGGGAGGGCCGGUCGGACACCAGUGGCGUAGACACUGGGGAGAGUGUGACAAGGCCUACAAAGUCUUUGCUGCCACCGAAAGCAUGUGGCUCUUCCCAGAGAGAGGAAAACAUUCUCCUCCGACUGGAUUCUCUGAACGUGAGCGGGGCACGAAGCGAGCGUCAGAAGCACGCGCUCGGCCUACGGAGCGCCUACAUGACGCACAGCUCCGGUGGGGAGCCGGCCUUCACCAUGCUUUCCGACACCAUGGUAGGCACGGUCGACUACAUAUUUUUCAGCGCGGAUUGUCUGCUGCCAACGCAAGUGCUGUCCAUCCCGGAGAUGGGGAGUCUGGUGCGACGAGACAUCCAGCAGACCGAGUUAUCUCCGGCUCCCGGUCUUUGGGCACCGAGCGAGUGGCAAGGGGAGUGCGGAGAAGAAAGAUACAUGGGAGAAUGGUCACCGUACUUGAGGGAAAACCCGUUGAGAGUCAAACACCGCAUCCCCAACGAGCUAUUCCCGUCCGACCACUUGAUGCUCAUGGCAAACCUGGUGUAUUUCGAGCCGCGAUGCUCUUCCACGUGGCGAUAG